AUGUCGAGCGCCAACUGUGUGUUCGGUGCUUUACAACUUCGGCAGAGAGCAGAUGCUUCCAACUUCUGCUGCCUGUGGGAGCAGCGGUGGAUGACAUCACGUGCUGCUUGCGAGACAGGUGAGGAAACGAUGGGCCAAACUGGCAACUGCCUGCAGGAAGACGAAGAUGGAGAACAUGAUGAAGCAUGGGACCGGGAGAUUUUCUCGAGGCUGGGUUUGCCACCGCAGUUUCCUCUGGAACUUCCUGAGGACCUCUCGCAGCAAGGGGAGCUCGAGCUGCAAGUGCCCACCGCCGCCUUGCUAAGACUUGUCCCUCCGUCGCAGGCGGAGACCGAGCUACGCCCGGCGGACGCCGCGCCUCUGCGCCCAGCGGCCCUCGACGUGCCUGCCAGUACAGUGUUGUCGACGGAGCUGGCGCACGAGCGAGCUCUGAUGGCUUGGACGCGAACGAGCUUCGCCACGUCCAAGAUGCUGUUUUGCUUUGGCUUCUUGCCCAUCGCGCUGGAUAAGCGGCUGAAAGUCUCAGCGUCGGCGAUCAUGAGCAUCGCGCUGGUCUUGGCCGCCGUGGUGGCCUUGCUGGUGGGAUGGCAACGCUACCUUCAGGUGAAGCGCCAGGGGGUGCUCCAAGCUCGUCGUAUUGAUAUCCGCCCAGCCCUGCAGUGCUUAUUGCUCUAUGUGGUGCUUAGCUGUGGUUGUGUGCUUCUCAAGUUCUGA